CUUUUCGGCAUAGAGAGCACCUAAACGUUCUUGUUUGAUUGUUGUUCAGUAUCAUCGACCAAAUAAUUCGUAAUUUUGAGGACGGGCAAAGUCAACCUGGGGCAAAAUUUCCACUGCCACCGACGGUCCUAGUUAUCAACCUCGAAAACUUGGCACCUUGUCCAACUCUCGCCUAGGCAACGUUUGAAGUUAAUUACAAAAAAACCCGCCAAGAUUUUGUAGCCAUUCCUGAGAAGCAUAAUGGGGUCAGAAGAUACUCAGAAAGAAGCUCCCGUGGACGCUCCCGAACUCCCCCAACAUCGUCAAUAUGGUGACACUCCAGAUGGCGGCUUAUUGGCAUGGACUCAGGUUGCCAUGGGCCACCUGGUAAUAUUCAACUGCUGGGGCUACAUAACCUCAUUUGGCUUCUUCCAACAAUACUACGUUGAGCAGCUGCACAGGACGGCCUCCGACAUAUCAUGGAUCGGGUCGAUGCAGAUGUUUCUGCUGAACUUCGUCGGCUUCUUCUCCGGUCGAACAGUUGACUCGGGACAUUUCCGACUAUCGCUGAGCAUUGGUUGCGCGUUCCAAGUCGCCGGCGUCUUCUUUACCGCUUUCUCGACCAAGUAUUGGCAAGUAUUUCUCGCGCAGGGUGUGUGCAGCGGUCUCGGCCACGGCUUCUUGUUCGCGCCCAUCGUGUCCAUUCUUCCCACCUACUUCAAGAAGAACCGUGCCGUGGCCGUAUCGUUGGCGACAUGUGGCGCCUCCACGGGCGGCAUGGUGUUUCCCAUCAUCGCCUACUUCGCGAUGCCGCGGCUGGGGUUCCGGUGGACCGUCAUAAUCAUGGGCUGCGUCAUUACGUUCAACGCAAUCAUGAUUCUCUGCUUCACGAGGACACGCGUUCCCGCCCGCAAGCCUCGGUCGUUGUUCGAUCUGCGUGCGUUCACCGAACUGCCCUUCACAUUGUUUGCCGUAGGCUCGUUCUUUGCCCUUUGGGGCAUUUACUUUGCGUAUUUCUAUAUUGGUAUUUUCGGUCGCUCGGUAUUGGAUUUCUCUUUGACACAGUCACUACUUUCCAUCAUCGUAAUGAAUGGUGUUGGGCUUUUCGGGCGUGUGAUCCCGGCCUUGCUGGCUGACAGGUACUUUGGGAUCUUGAACACACUGAUCCCUGUCGUCGGCGUCAGUGGCAUCCUCAUUCUUGGCUGGAUAGGGGUUUCUUCCACCGGCGGUCUGUUCGGCUGGGCGGUGAUUUACGGAAUCGCUGCAAACGCCACUCAGAGCCUCUUCCCGGCUGCUGUCGGUGACCUUAGCACCGAUCCGACGAGGGUCGGUACGAAGGUGGGCAUGAUCCUGGCAGUGGUGGGCGUUGCUUGCUUUACGGGGCCUCCCAUUGGGGGACAUCUAAUCGCAAUCAAUGACGGUAACUAUCUGUUUGCUCAGAUUUUUGGGGGUCUUGCUAUGUUGGCAGGCUGUGGAACUUACAUAGUUGUGGCCUUUAAACGGCCUAAAAAAGUGUUGUAGGAAGGCAUAGUUCUCAUCUUGAUGCCCUUCUUCAGGAGCCCUCUGAGGCCGAGACACUAGAUAUAAUACCAGAAUGCAAAAGAUACUUAGGACGUUGCAAAGCUCCAGAGUAUACGACCUUGCCUAGCCAGUGAACUCAUGAUAGCGGCACUGACCUUUCCACGCUGAUAUGAGGCCGGUUGAUGAUCCCAGUUCAAAAGCCACAUUCGAAAGUGGACUCUAAGAAAGACGUGAAAAUUAUUCACUGUUGCUGUGUGUAUGCAGCAGAGGCAUUUGGCACCUCGCGCUGGCUGGCCGGCUGUAUUGUAACCAAGUAGUAGAAGCCGCUCCGCUCUAGCAAGCGGCGGUUGACAGCAUUAUAAUACUGCCCAGUAUCGCUGCGUUAAGGAAAGGUUAUGUUGCCCAGUGACUCUGUAGCUAGUAACGAAACACUUUUUUUUUGAAUGCUGUGUGUUGUUUAUGAGCCUGGUUAAGAGCCAGUUCUUGGGACCACAAAAUGCUGCAUUCGAAGAUGCCCGAGGAGUUUUGGGUCAGCAGUUAACAAGUGAAAUAUUGACAACAUUUGGAUUGGAGAAAAAUCAUCUGAAAAUCUGCGUUCAUCCACUGCUGGGUCCUCUUGGGGUAAGGAGAGGAUUAAAUCCAUGGCCCUGCGUUGCUCCUCUAGGUGUGGUUAUAAUGCUCUAGUUACGUGUUCGUUGGAGUUGUGAGCUUCGCGGCGUAGACCUUGGUCCAAUCGGGUCACUCGAUCGAGCUGAACGAAUAGUGAAAUAUUGAUGCCGUUAUUCAUUGGUCGUGGCGAGUAUUCUUUUGAGGCUCGAAGUGACGGGGAACAUCGGACAGCGGCGGUAACAUGGCAGCUCCACUUUGGACAAAUCCGCGUGAUCCAAAUGGCCGAUCAUGCCGCCGGCUUCACUUUCCUCUCCGACUCC